CAAACUAUCAGAACGUACACGGACCGGACCACCACCAUACCCGGACCCUUUACUGUGCACAAUUUAUUCAACCAGGAUAACCAGAGUGAAAUGGAGAAAUUGAUGGAAUAGCUGUGAUUUAUAACAAACAGUAGAGGGCAGCAAUACGCCAUUGUAGCGUCUAGUCUGCCUAAUCCAAAGAAGAAGAAGAUGAGCAUUCACGGUGGAUAUUAUGUGUUCAACUGGACCCUCUCGCCUUUCUCAGUGCUGGUGACUGUGUGAUAAAUAUGUUCCCUUGCAGAUUUUUACUCUAAUCGCUACCUGGUGACAGGACCUUAUAUCUUUUGCCACCGCCUGACUAUUCCAGUCUGCCCAUGCUAUAAUACAGUCAGUGAUGCUGGAUGCUGCUAAAUAACAAGCAUUUUGGGGGGUGGGGUUGGUGGGUGGUGGUGGUGGUUGAGGACUCUAACUAAACUCAUCAAAAGACUGCCAUGUUUGUGUUUAGAAUGAGAAACUGAGCCAGGAGGAAGUGGAAAGCAAGUGAGCCUGAAGGGGCUAAAGUGCUUGUGUUGGUGAUAUAAAAGAAAAGCCAUCCUAUCAGUAGGUUGGCAGCACCUGAGGCAGCCAGGCCCUGAGGAUGACUAGCCUGUUCAGGCGCAGCAGCAAUGGAGGCUCCAGAAGUAGUGGAAGUGGUGGUGGGGGCGGUGGCAGUGGGCAGGGGCAGCUCAACAACAGCAGGCCCAACCGGCAGGUUCGACGACUGGAGUUCAACCAGGCCAUGGAGGACUUCAAAACCAUGUUUCCCUCUAUGGACUAUGAGGUGAUUGAGUGUGUGCUGCGCUCCAACAACGGAGCUGUGGAUGCCACCAUUGACCAGCUGCUCCAGAUGAGCAUUGACGGACAGGAUUCAGAUGACAGCUCAGACUCAGAUGACAGCAUCCCACCAGAGAUUCUGGAGCGAACACUGGAGCCUGACAGUUCAGAUGAGGAACCACCUCCAGUCUACUCUCCACCAUCUUAUGAUAUGCACAUUUAUGACAGGAAAUACCCAGAAUCCCCACCAACACCCCUGCCAAGAUUUGAAGCAGAGGCAGGUCACCAGCAAGUCAGAAGUUACCGGAACUGGAACCCUCCUUUGCUUGGAAAUCUCCCAGAUGAUUUUCUGCGGAUCCUGCCACAGCAGUCAGACAGUAUAAAGAUGAGCUCUCAGAGCAGUCUAUCCCAGCCUUCAUCAUCCUCCUCCUCCUCAGUUUCUUCAAUAAGCCAAUGGACAGCCCAGACUGGUUCUCAGUCUGGAGCUGCAGGGACCACUGGAGAUCCAGGUUUGACAACGGGAGUUGUAGAGCAAGACAAGAAACUGAAGCAGUAUCUGGAAGACGAGCGCAUCGCCUUGUUCCUGCAGAAUGAGGAGUUUAUGAGAGAGCUGCAACGCAACCGCGAGUUCCUCAUCGCCUUAGAGAGAGAUCGCUUGAAGUAUGAAUCAAAGAAAUCAAAGUCCAAUCAUUCAUCUAGCACGGAGAAUUCAACAGGAGAACAGUACUCUGCAGCUUCAGUGGAGGCCGUCUCAGAUGACGCACUGUUCAGAGCCAAACUCAAACACAUGGGCAAAUCAACGAGAAAGAAGUUGUUUGAAAUUGCCAGAACGUUCUCAGAAAAGACAAAGAGGAGGAAGUCAAAAAGGAGGAUGCUGCUGAAGCACCAUUCAUUGGGCUCAGCCAACUCUACAGCCAAUCUCCUCGACGAUGUGGAGGGAAACCCCUGUGAGGAAGAUAGCCAGCCUAGAAGAGCAAACACUCAGGAAGAGAAUGAACAACGCAAAGAGCCGAUAUCAUGAUCCUCCGAUGCUGCACCAUAUCAGGGUUACCAUGGCGAUGACUGCAUGACCCAUGGCUGGUGGCCUUGCAGCUCUUACUGUCCCCACCUGCUCACCCCAUCCAAAUCGAAACCAGCCAAUUUCAGGCUCAGCAAUGAGUUUUAGACUGUUCCCAUUACUGGGCUGUGUAUAAAUGCAUUACACUUUGUUUUUGUAUGUAAAGCAAAAUGCAUUAGUCUCACCACUAUUUGUUAAGAGUUAUCCUUUAAUCCAAUGAGAGGAACACUAGCGAUGAUAUUGCCACGUUACUCUUCCAGUCUUGUACAAGUCUUGUAAAGGCCCCCUGGGUCACUAAGGCUGGGUUUUUCAAAUCCCAAGUGUACACAUGCCCCUUUAUAUUAAACAAGGUAGAGUUUUUUUUACCAUGUCUUGUUAACCCAAUUGUUAUAUGUUGCUUUUUUUAAAACAUCAGGACUUAUGUAACUGAAAUUCUUGUGUGUCAGAAUAUUAUGGCCAAUAAAGUUAUUGCUGCCCAAAUGUCAAAA